AUGCAGCUCCUUCUCGGAUCGCUAAGCGCUAUUUUUGUGCUUUUAAUGCAAGAAACAAACGGGGAAAUUCCCGGUUGUGACUUUUACGACACUGUAGAUAUUUCGGCAGGUGAAAAGUUGACAAAUGGAUCGUAUUUAUUUGAAGGCUUACUCAUUCCCGUCUGUUUGUGGUCUGAAUAUGAUUAUAAACUUUUGCCGGGUGGCUCAAAGGAGUCGGUGGGCAGGCACGUAAGAGGAUGUGUUUGCAAAUUAAGGACCUGCAUCAGAUUUUGCUGCCUCGAAAAUCACAAAACCCUUAACGGCGUUUGCCAUGGUGACAUGACCAUGGAUGAGAUAAACAAGAUCGAUCCAUACGUGAACGUAACCUUCAGCAACGGAACGGUGGCCAAAAAGCACUUCAAAGAAGACCUCAUUUUGCAAUAUGAUUUGCCCAAGCCAUGUGAAAACGAAAUGCACUACAUAGAUCACGAAAUGCUUUUCAACGACUUUACAUUGUUUGAGAAUGGAACCUUUCUUCUCCACUUUGGCAACAUAUUCAUAGAAAAGCGGGAAUACUGCCUUCAACAUGUUAAAACUCUAGGUGACGAUUUUCGAAUUAUGCCCCACUUUUGUCCUCUUUUCGUUGAGGAAUCUAAAAUAUGGGAGACUCUUGCGAUGAUAAUAUCACUGAUAUCUAUACUUCUUACGAUCAGCGUGUACUAUUUUCUUAAGAAGGCUCAAAACGUGCUCGACAAGUGCUUCAUCUGCUGUAUGGUCUGCCUGUUUCUAUACCAUCUAAUUUCGUUCCUCAACUUCUGGAAUCUAUCGACGGAUUUAUGCAGUUUAGCAGCAUACCUGAGCUACUACUCCUUCAUUUCCCUGUUCCUUUGGCUUUCCAUCAUCAGUCUGCACCUAUGGAAUACGUUUAAUGGCAGCAAUUUCUUGACAAACCGCUUCCUGCCUGAGAACCAGUUUUUGGCUUACAACACAUACGUUUGGGGCAUAGCGGCGAUCUUGUCCGGAAUCACUUUUAUCGCUGAUAAUGUCGUAGAGAACGAAGACUGGAAUCCUGGCAUGGGCCACGGUGUUUGUUUUAUCGCUAGUUGGGGUUAUGCUAUAUGGCUGUACUUGAAUGGUCCAAUUCUAUUGCUGAUUACUCUCAACGUAACCAUGUUUAUCCGAACGGCUAGGAUCUUAACUUAA